AUGAUGGCGUUGGUUCUGCCUUGGACCACUCUUGCGCAACAAUAUGGAACGUGUACGGCCAGAAAUGGUCGUAGUGGAGAAUGUAUCAGUACCAGAACAUGUGCAGCCAACGGUGGAGUCUCAGAUCCAGCCAAUCUCUGUCCUGGUGACAAUUCGAUCCAGUGUUGCACAUAUGGCACAUGCACGAAUAGUAAGGGUGUCGCAGGCAUAUGUCAACCAACUUCGACUUGUAAGGGAACGUCCGAUCCGGCCAACCUCUGUCCUGGUGGCAACAAUAUUCAAUGCUGCGCAGUAGGAUCUACUCCAACUGGUCCUGGUCCCAGUAAACCAAUUAACACGAUGCUCACGGGUUUGGCCGAUAUUCUUCGUGGCGCUGGUCUCAACGUAGUCGAGGUUGCUGGCUGGAGGACUCGUGGUCAUGGCGUGAUGGCUUCUGUGAAAGGUAUUAUUGUUCAUCACACGGCAGGUCCAAAUACAGGUGACUAUCCCUCGUUGGCAUUCGUUCGCGACGGUACCUCUAGUCUUGCCGGCCCACUCUCUCAACUUGGACUAGGCCGAUCGGGAACUUGGUUUGUCAUUGCAGCAGGUCGUGCCUACCACGCCGGGAACACCAUCGAUGACUCCAUCUAUGGAAAUUCCAACGCAAUUGGUAUCGAAGCCGAAGGAGUUGGUCUACCAGCGACCGAUAGUGGACAUACACACUGGCCCGAAGUGCAAUACCAGAGCUAUGUGAAAGGAGUUAAGGCUCUCCGAAAUGCUUACGGUGUGCCUACUGCUCGCGUAUUAGGACAUAAGGAGGCAGCAGUACCAAAAGGUCGCAAAAUCGAUCCCAACUUCUCUAUGGCUGAGUUUCGUGCUAAGCUCGGCUAA